CAGAUACAUAAAAUUAUUAUUAAAUGCUUUUUAUAAAUAUGCAAUCCUAACUGUCAGUUUUAGAACUUGAGAAAUCAACACAGCCUAAUUUGACAACCGCAUUUAUAAUUUAUAUAGCUGUUUAUGCCGUGCAUUCUGAUAACUUUUGGAAUAAUUCAAUAAAAUUUUGUGGCUGUUUGUGUUUAAUAUUAAAAUACUCAACAUUUAUAAUUGAUGGAGACUCUACUGGAGCAGCAGCGUCGCUACCACGAGGAACGGGAACGUUUGCUAAAGUUGAUGGUAGACGAGUACGCUACGAAGAAAACUGGGGAAAAGGAAAGGAUUCACUCAGAGCAGAGGUUAAAAUGUUUGUUAGAUCUGCACAACAAUUCCACAACUAAGUUAAAGGAAUUGUAUGAAGAUAAAGAUAAUGAACGAAAAGCUGAAAUUCAAGCCCUCUCUGGGCCAAAUGAAUUUAAUGAAUUCUAUGCACGUCUGAAGCAAAUUAAAGAGUUUUAUAAAAAGCAUCCGUCUGAGAUAAGUAUACCUCUUUCCGUGGAAUUCGAAGAGCUUACGAAAACGUAUAAUAAUUUAGAAGAAAUGUCCGCUCUCGUUGAAUUCACCGACGAGGAGGGUGGUGGUCGAUAUUUAGAUUUGAAUGAAUGUUAUGAACAGUAUUUAAAUCUUCGAGGUGUGGAGAAAGUAGACUAUAUAACCUAUCUGAUGACAUUUGAUCACGUCUUUGAUAUACCGCGAGAUCGUAAAAAUCGUGAAUAUCGAAAAUAUAUUGAAAAUUUAAAUGCUUAUUUGCAUAAUUUCGUUACACGUAUACACCCCCUACUGGACACCGAGGCAGAACUAGUUAAGGUCGAGUUAGAAUUCCAACGUCAAUGGUUACAAGGCAGUUUUCCAGGUUGGGCAUCAAAGGAGACAGAAUCCGCUUUAGCCAACACUGGCGCACAUUUAGAUUUGUCGGCUUUUUCCAGUUGGGAGGAGUUAGCGUCGCUUGGGUUGGAUCGUCUAAAAUCAGCGCUUAUGGCGUUGGGCUUAAAAUGUGGCGGAACACUUGAAGAACGCGCCCAACGACUUUUCUCAACAAAAGGCAAGAAAACACUUGAUCCAUCUUUAAUAGCUAAAAAGCCGGCUAACAAAAAUGCGAAUGUACAUACGCGUGAUAAUGAACGUCAUAAGGAAAUUGCUCAACUGGAGGCGUUGUUGUACAAAUAUGCAGACUUAUUAUCUGAACAAAGAGCUGCAACCAAAGAAAACGUGCAACGUAAACAAGCCCGUACUGGUGGAGAACGGGACGAUAGUGAUGUUGAAGCAAGCGAGAGUGAUAACGAUGAUAUGGACGAUGCAGAUGAUGUACCAUAUAAUCCCAAAAAUCUACCACUUGGUUGGGAUGGCAAGCCAAUACCUUACUGGUUGUAUAAACUGCAUGGUUUAAAUAUCAGUUAUAACUGCGAAAUUUGUGGUAACUUCACGUACAAAGGCCCAAAAGCAUUCCAACGUCAUUUUGCAGAAUGGCGACAUGCUCAUGGAAUGCGUUGUCUUGGUAUUCCAAAUACUGCACAUUUUGCAAAUGUAACACAAAUUGAGGACGCGAUCACAUUGUGGGAGAAACUUAAGUCACAAAAGCAAAGUGAGCGUUGGAUAGCAGAUCAAGAAGAAGAAUUUGAAGAUUCAUUAGGAAAUGUAGUAAAUCGUAAAACAUAUGAGGACCUUAAACGCCAAGGCUUACUAUAAAAAUUUUGCUACCGUCUGAAUUUUUAUUCAUUUAUGCAUAAAUUGUAUAGAGCUAUAUUAAAAUGAAACAAUGUUGUAUAAUAGAAAACAAGUAUAACACGAUUUUAAAUGCAAAUAUCACCUACCGUAUAUUUCUAAUUAAAAUAUUUCCAAAUUUAA